AUGACGAGGUUAUUGCAUACCUCGUCGACUCCAAUAGAUCGGAGCGAUCCUUUAAAGCAAUUAAAUUCAGACGUUCUUGAACAGGUAUUUUCUCAAUUCACGCAAAGUGACAUUAUCGAAUGCAUGCUUGUGUGCCGCCUUUGGCGCGAACAAGCACUGACACUAUCGUUCAAGCCAUGGCAAGAUCUCCAGCUGAAUGGCAAAAAAGAACGACGACUUCCUCGAAGACCUCCUCCUUUCAGCAACUAUAUUCGCACCGUGCUCUUUGACUGCUAUACAAAUACAAUGUGGGACAAUUACCGCUUCUAUCGUCAACUACGUACCGUCAUCGAGUCUUGGGGCUGUCAAAAUAUCAGUACGCUUGUAUUCACCAGAUGUCAUUCUGGUGUUGAACAGCACUUUAUCAAUCUGUUGAAGAAACUGACAAACAGUCUGCGCGUGCUUAUUUUCGACGAGCAGCCAUCUAACCUACCAUUUCUCGCUAUUCUUGCGGCAUGUCCCAAUUUACGAACCCUCCAUUUCCAGCUGCAGUUUGAAUAUCACUACAGCAUGUAUGUUGAAGACCCAAUAUCUGCACCACUACUAGCAAAAGAAGAAAAGAAGAACACAACUAUCACGUUUGACAAUUUGACAUGCAUGUCUCUGGAUUACGUAUUGAAUACAAACCAGAUCAACAACAUCCUGCGACGGUGUCCGAAUUUACGCUGCGUGCGGUAUGGCAGCAACACGAUCUGUAGGUGGCAAUUCACGGAUCUGAGCAGUAUAAUAAAACAUUGUCCGCGUGUAGAAUACAUUGAGUGUAACCGCUUGGACAAGGGCGACGACCGUAUAGACGACAAUCUCAAUGGCACAUUCUACACAGAGCAGUCAUCAAAAUGGAAGCAAUAUAAAGACAAGGAUAAUUCAUGGUUCUUACGACGUGCGUUAUCGGGCAAGCAUGAUGGUUUACGUGUAUUCAAAUACGUUGGAACGAAGUCUAGGUUAGACGAUUUUGGGGACAUUGUCAACGUGUUAAAAUACAGUCAGGACUCGCUCGAGACUUUGCAAUUGGCAAAUUGUCAAUUAGAAGCUCUUCUUAGCAAAGGCAGUCGCAACAACAUCCAGAUGCGCAACCUUCGAAAAUUGGUCAUUGGAAACGAUAUCUGUACUUCCACGAGCGAGCUAUGUGCAUUCAUUAGCCACUGUACUAUGCUGACACACAUUCAACUUGACGCAACUUUGGAAGUUCUGACCGCUCCGGCGUUCGUAAGGGUCUUGAAACGACUACCAGCACUGACAACACUCGGAUUUCGAUUACCUUAUGAAUCCUUCUGGUCGCAACAAAUUCGUCAAGAUCGAAUCACAACAUCUCUGCUGCAAGCACUGGGAUCUCACUUUUCUGGCAACAACGAUGAUAGCUGUUGUUCUAUUGCAAAUUUGACUUUUGGCACCGCUACACAAGGAUUUCCGAUAUCCAAUGCUAUUUUGGACGCCAUCAGCUCGUUUGGUGUUCUGCGCUCCAUUGAACUCCACAACAACGGUGAAUACUUGUCCGAGUCGCAAAGUCUUGACAAAUUUACAGAUAUGCUUUUAAAGAAAAACACGUUACUCCAACGCAUGUGGUUAAGAAACUUUGCCUUGUCAAUCUAUGCUUUUGUCUAUCUCGGUCGUUUGGUUACAUUGCAGGAACUACGCUUGACACAAUGCUCUACAAUAUACCAAAAAGCUCUAGAAAUGCUUAUCAAGCACAAGAAUUGUCGCUACCACUCAAUUCCACUCUACCUCAUCAACAGCCUCCAAGGAAUCUUGGCUGCAGAUGCUCACUUGAUAUUUGCAUUGAUCCAGUUCCAAGUCUCGCCUAUGCUCAAACGUAUACGGUAUCUAUGA